UAUGAGUCCGCGUAUUCGAACACACUAUCGCAGCGAUUCUUACACAUCACGGCGUAUAUAAAUGCGGCGAUUGCUAUAUCGCCGCGACAGUUUUGAUUCGCAUGUACUGCGGUUUUCGUAUCGAUAUUCAACGUCGAACGAGAGCUGCACAGUUUCAUCAUCGUCGAGUUAAAGUUCCAUCGUAAAGUUUCCUCGCGAUGGUGGAUUCCGUGUUUCGUACCCGUUCCCUUGGUACGCCAGCCGAGGGUGUCAAGGAUCAGUAUGCGGAUGGCAAAGCGGCAAAGGUCUGGGAGGUCUUCAUCGGCGAUAAGAAACAACGUACGCAAAACUAUCGGGACUUCCUGGUGGGCCUGAUGCGGCAGAAGGGAUGUCGUCGAAUAUUGGACGUCGCCUGCGGCACCGGCGUCGACUCCGUGAUGCUGCUGGAAGAGGGUUUCGAGGUCGUCAGCGUCGACGCGUCUGACAAAAUGCUCAAGCACGCGCUAAAAUCCAGAUGGGAUCGUAGAAAGGAGCCUGCUUUUGAUAACUGGGUGAUUGAAGAAGCGAAUUGGCUAACUCUACCCAGCGAUAUCAGCCAUCUCAUUGGAGAAGGUUUCGAUGCUGUUAUAUGUUUGGGAAACAGUUUUGCUCACAUGCCUGAUUCUUUCGAUGAUCAAAGAGAGCAGAGACAAGCCUUGGCGAAUUUCGAACGUUGUGUAAAGCCGGGAGGUUUACUGCUCAUCGAUCACAGGAAUUACGAUUAUAUCAUCAGAACCGGCCAAACUCCUUCAAAAUGCAUAUAUUAUAACAGUCAGCAUAUGACGGACAUCAAGACAUCGGUGCUCUUCGUCUCUGGAAAACCAGCGAUUGUUACUAUGGAUUACAUGAUCGCUCUGGACGAGGAAAACAAAGACAAUCCCGAAUAUAUUAGCGAAUUUAGACUGUCAUAUUAUCCUCACAGACUGACAAUUUUCCGCGACAUGCUGACCGAAACAUUCAGCCACGGGGCGAAACAUACCAUUUACGGUGAUUUUAAACCGCUCAACCAGAUCGUAGAUCCUGGGUUUUAUAUCCACGUAAUAGAGAAACAACGUUAAAGUGGGACAUCGACAUUAAACGGCCACUGUUAUCACUACGUGACAUUCGUGUCUAAAACGAUAUCAUCAGAUUUUUUCGGAACAAACGUUUCGAAUUGAACUUAAGUGACACUCAACGUAGAAUGUGUCAAUAGGUUCACGUGAAGAAACGAAUCACGCGACGAUCAGUUAAGACGCGAGAGAGUUUUUUUUUAUAUUAAAAGUAGACUAUCCAAUUAAAAUUACACGGUGAAUAUUCUACAAUUGUAAAACUUUUUCAAAACGUAAUAUAAGAAUAUAUUAAUUAAGAAAUAUAUUUUUGAUGCAUACAAAACAAUUGACGAAAACUUAUUUAUUUACGAGGAAUAUAUUUCGAAAUGAGACACAAUA